AUGGAGCCCCUUGUUGCUCCUAUCAUCUUCAAUUUCGUGGUUCCUUGCUGGGAGCUUCCGCGCUACCUCUACUUUGUCGAGCAUGCCCGAUCCCAGACGUGUCGCAACAACCAAGGGGAUUUUGAAGCGGCAGAUCUGUUCACCCCGUUGAGAGGUCCAAUGCACCUUCAUCAGCGGAUCUCAGAGCAUGUCAAUUGGGCUUAUCGAGGCCCAACUUCGUUCAUUUCCACGUUUGCCGACGACAGUCAUGCUAUGAAUUGGGCCAGGCAGCGCCAAGGACCGGUCACUAUUCACCGAAUUGAUACUUGCGAGCUAGACGAUCGUUAUUGUUGGGUGUUCUAUGCGAGCGAUUUCACCCAGCACUGCUUCGAAUCCGAGUUUCUGUUCCUUCAUACCAUCCCGGGACACGCCAUCGUAUCCACGUGGACUCUGGGGCGUUCAAUCAGGAGCGGUCAACGAGCCUGGCGUCCACAAGGCUAUUACUAGUGGCAUUUGGGUCACUUCUCUGUAGACCAGAGUCUCAGUUUGACGGGGCCUUAGGCGAGAGGCGGAUAGAUUAUACAAGGCAAAUCUCAUCGGCCUAUUUCAAGUUAUUAAGCAUUAUUGUGGUCAAGUACAUCUGAGCUUAGCCUCCUAC